AGGGCCAUGCGUUAAGAAUUUCGCCGGUUCUGAAGCGCCGAUCAAAUGCGCAGGCGUCAGGCUGAGGACGUCCCUGAGUUUCACGCAUGCGCGCAGUACACAAGGCUUUGAAAAUGUCGGUUGCAGGUUAAAAAUGAGAAGGAAUUCGUCUCCAGGAAUCUCAAACACGACACACCAGUUUUGUUGUCUCUGUCUGGGUAUUUAAGAAGUGGAACAAGGGAUCCAAUUGACCACCCUUCCUGCUCAGACUGUGGGGAGGGAUUCACUCGGUCAUUUGACCAACUUGCACACCUGUAAUUUACACAGGAGAAGGGCCUUUCACCUGCACAGACAGUGGGAAUGGAUUCACUUGGUUAUCACAAUUGAAGGUACAUCAGCAAGUUCACACUGGGCAAGGCCAUUCACCUGUUCUGUGUGUGAGAAGGGGUUCAGUCAGUCAUCCCACCUGUGGACACACCAGUCAGUUCACACUGGGCAGAGGCUGGUCGACUGCUGAGUAUCUGGGAAAGGAUUCACUUAGUCAUCUGAUCUAAUGGCACACCAGUGUGGUCACACUGGGGAGAAGCCAUUCACCUGCUCAGUCUGUGGGAAAGGAUUUACACAGUCAUCUACCCUACUGGUACACCAGCGAGGUCACACUGGGGAGAAGCCGUUCACCUGCUCAGUCUGCGGUAAGGGAUUCAUUCAGUCAUCCUACCUACAGAGACAUCAGCGAGUUCACACUGGGGAGAAGCCUUUCACUUGCUCAGUCUGUGGGAAGGGAUUCACUCAGUUAGCUAACCUACAGAAUCACCUGCGAAUUCACACUGGGGAGAAGCCGUUCACCUGCUCAGUCUGUGGGAAGGGAUUCACUCAGUCAGCUAACCUACAGAAACACCUGCGAGUUCACACUGGGGAGAAGCCGUUCACCUGCUCAGUCUGUGGGAAGGGAUUCACUGAGUUAUCUAACCUACUGAGUCACCAGCGAGUUCACACUGAGGAGAAGCCAUUCACCUGCUCAGUCUGUGGGAAGGGAUUCAUUCAGUUAGUUAACCUACAGAAUCACCUGCGAGUUCACACUGGGGAGAAGCCGUUCACCUGCUCAGUCUGUGGGAAGGGAUUCAUUCAGUCAUCCAACCUACAGAGACAUCAGCGAGUUCACACUGGGGAGAAGCCAUUCACCUGCUCAGAAUGUGGGAAGAGAUUCACUGAGUCAUCCACCCUGCUGGUACAUCAGCGAGUUCACACUGGGGAGAGGCCGUUCACCUGCUCAGUCUGUGGGAAGAGAUUCACUAAUUUUUCCAGCCUACAGAGACAUCAGCGAGUUCACACUGGGGAGAGGCCGUUCACCUGCUCAGUCUGUGGGAAGAGAUUCACUGAGUCAUCCACCCUACUGGAUCAUCAGCGAGUUCACACUGGGGAGAGGCCAUUCACCUGCUCAGUCUGUGGGAAGGGAUUCAUUAAGUCAGCUAACCUACGGAAUCACCUGCGAGUUCACACUGGGGAGAGGCCAUUCACCUGCGCAGUCUGUGAGAAAGGAUUCACUGUGUCAUCCACCCUACAGAGACAUCAGCGAGUUCACACUGUGGAGAAGCCAUUCACCUGCUCAGAAUGUGGGAUGGGAUUCACUCAGUUAGCUAACCUACAGAGACAUCAGCAUGUGCAUACUAGUGAGAAGCCAUUCACCUGCUCAGAAUGUGGAAAGGGAUUCACUCAGUUAUCCAGCCUACAGAAACAUCAGCAAGUUCACACAGGGGAGAGGCAAUUCACCUGCUCAGAAUGUGGAAGGAGAUUCGCUGACUCUUCUACCCUGCAGAGUCAUCAGCGAGUUCACACUGGGGAGAGGCCAUUCACCUGCUCAGUCUGUGGGAAGAGAUUCACUCAUUUAUCCAGCCGACAGAGAUAUCAGCGAGUUCACACUGGGGAGAAGCCAUUCACCUGCUGAGAAUGUGGGAAAGGAUUCACUCAGUCAUCCCAUCUGCUGGGACACCAGUCAGUUGUUAUGAAUCCCUAGGUUUUGUUUGCUGUGGACAUUCAUUUUAAGAGAGAGAGUGAUUAAGAAGGCGAAUCAGUCUGGCUUGCAGCUUGUUUACAUCGCUCACAGCUUGUUUAGUUUUAACCGAGGACACUGACACUCAGAGUGAGACAGAGACAAAGGAGGAAAAAUGGCAAGAAUCGAAACCAGGGAACUAGUGGCCAAGGGUCACUGUUUGGAACUUUCCUUUGCCCACAAGGGUGGACAAAUUAUUGAUUCACCAUACAUCGAAUGUGUGGUUAUCACUUCAUUUGAUCCAUAGCAGUGGAUCUGAUUUGGGGUACCCUGCGGAGACCACUUAUGUGUUAACCCUUGCCUGGCUGUGGUGUGGUAAUUCAUUUGAAGACAAUACCACUUAUGACAAGUCACUUUGGAUGAUAAUUAGUAUGUGGAUUUGGAAGGAUGACAGAUAAAAUCUACAGCGACCGUUGGUCUCGUUUUACCACCAUGAAACCUGUGGAAUACGACAUAAUUGCCUUCUCUCAACAUUUACCCUGGAUUACAAAUAUCUCUCUCUCAUCACCUGUUCUGUAGUUGAACUGAACUUUCAUACUUUACAAUCUCAAGACUCCAAGACUUGUUUCCCCCGAGCUCAAUAGUUAGGGAAUUUUAUUUAUACACAUUUAUACACAUAACACUCACGAGGAAAUCUGCAGAUGCUGGAAAUUCAAACCACACACAAAAAAUGCUCGUGGAACACAGCAGGCCAGGCAGUAUCUAUAAGGAGAAGAACUGCUGAUGUUUCAGGCCAAGACCCUUCAUCAGGACUAACUGAAAGGAAAGAUACUAAGAGAUAUGAAAGUAGUGGGGGGAGGGUGACAUGCAAAAUGAUAGGAGAAGACCAGAGGUGGUGGGAUGAAGCUAUGAGCUGGAAAGGUGAUCGGCGAAAGUGAUGCAAAGCCGGAGAUGGGAAAGGAUCAUUGGACAGGAGGCCUCGAGAGAAAGAAAGGUGGGGGGAAGCACCAGAGAGACAUGGAAAACACGCAAACAAUUGAAUAUGUCAGUGAUAGAGUGAGAAGGGGUAGAGGGGCAUUAACGGAAGUUAGAGAAGUCAAUGUUCAUCCCAUCAGGUUGGAGGCUACCCAGCCAGUAUAUAAGGUGUUGUUCCUCCAACCUGAGUUUGGAUUAAUUUUGACAGGAGAGGAGGCCAUGGAUAGACAUAUCAGAAUGGGAAUGGGACGUGGAAUUAAAAUGUGUGGCUACUGGGAGUAGUCUGAUGCUGCUGGUUCGUUUCUAAAGCGUUAGGGUUUGUAACAAAAUGGGGCCUGCAUCUGGGAUAUGAACAAAUUUAAGGAUUGAUUUCAUAUCAAUUUGAUUGGGGAAAUCCCUUUUGAUUUAUUUGUGUGUGGAAAAUUAGCAGCAAUGGAUGUUGAUAGAUAUCUGGAAGUGUGAACCUCUCAGGCAUUAGAGGACACCAGAAGGAUUGAGUUCUUGAGUAUUGCUAAAACGUUAAUACUUGCUAAGGUGAAAUUGACAAUGAGGAUUGCACAGAUGCAGAGGAUAAUAGCUGAACAUUAUGUAUCUGAGCAUGUGUUUAAAGUGGAGGAGGAGUUUCCUGAAAGUAAACCUAGUGAGCUUGAGAUCCAGUACAAGUUAGAACAAUUAAAGAUGGAGGCUCCGGAAAGGCAGAGACAGUUUCAGGCUGGAGAGGCAGAAAAGCAGAAAGAAAAUUCUCUUACAAAGUCUAAUUAAGGGAAAGACUUAGCAAGCCUAUUCUGCUUUGACAGUUGCUGAAGCAGCUUAUUAUUUAUUUAUUUAUGCUGCCUCAAUCAUUGCCACUGGGCUAUAAAUGUGCAGGAGCUGUGUGUGGUUCAGUGCUUUGCUCAAGAACACACACGCUGCCUCGGCUGAGGCUGAAACUCAUGACUUUCAGAUCGCGAGUUCAACACCUUAACCACAUGGCCACGCACCACACAUUCUGACCUCGUGAAACAGGCUCUGCUCAAAGCUUACGAGUUGGUCCCAGAAGCAGACCGGCAAAAGUUUAGAAAUUUAAAGAAAUCUGUGAACCAGACAUGUGGAAUUUGCCUAUGAGAAAUUUGUGUGCAUUGACCGCUGGUGCACAUCUGAACAUGUAAAUGAUGAUUUUAACAGCUUGUAAGAGUUGGUUUUCAUUGAAGAGUUCAGAAGGAGCGUCCCUGAUGGCAUAAAGAUGUAUUUAGAUGGAAAUGAUGCUGCCACAAUGCAGGAAUCUGCUGGAUUAACAGACCAGUUUGCUUUAACUCAUAAAGUUAUGUUUACCCUGACUAAGAGUUUCCAAAAGGCACUUGUCAAGUUGUGGGUAAACCUACUGAGCUCACCCCAGUGGCCUGUAGCUGUAUUCGGUUAACCAUUUUCCAAAGUUGUAGUGGAUUGUGUCGGCCCAUUGCCAAAGUCUAAAGCUGACCAUCAGUAUCUGCUAACUAUUAUGAGUACCUCAUCCAGAUUCCCAGAGGCAAUACCUCUCAGAAAUAUUAAAGCUAAAACUGUGGCGAAGGCUGUUACCAAGAUUUUCAGUUUAUUCGGUUUGCCUAAAGAAAUCCAGUCUGAUCAAGGAUGUAAUUUUACAUCUGUAUUAUUCCAGCAGGUAGUUUCUGAACUGGGAGCAAAACAAAUUGCAUCAUCUGCGUACCAUACAGAAUCAAAAGGGGCUUUAGAUAGAUUUCAUUCUACCCUCAAAACAAUGAUUAAGACAUAUUGUGUUGAAAAUGGAAAAGACUGGGAUGAAGGAAUACAUUUGCUUUUGUCCACAGAAAGAGAGUCAGUACAGGAAUCACUGGGCUUUACUCCAUUUGAACUUGUAUUUGAUCGCAGAGGGACCUUUGACCUUGUUAAAAGGAACGGUGGAUUGAUGGGGAUGUACAUGUUAACUCGUUAGACUAUGUUUUGAAGUUCAAAAAUAAACUACAACAAGCCUGUAGUCUAGCGAGACAAAACUUAAAGAUUUCUCAAAACAAAAUGAAGUGUUGGUUUGAUAACAGGACUCGCUAAAGAAAAUACCAAGUGGGAGAUAAGGUGCUUGCCUUAUGUUGACGAAUCCACUUCAGGUGAAAUUCAAUACACCGUAUGAAAUAGUCUCCCAAAUUAAUGAUGUGAAUUAUGUUAUUAAAACACCCAACUGACUUGAACUAACACAGGUGGUACACAUAAAUAUGAUAAAGCCUUUUCUGACAAGCAGGUACCAUCUGUGAGUGUUGUUAUCAAAACAAAUGAAACUGGCAACCCUGAGAAUGAAACACUUGACUCGUCCGAGACUUUUCAGAAGCCAAACAUGGUCCCAGUUAGGCUAAUGAAUUCGGUUGUUCCAGAAAACAUUGCUCAUAGUUGUCUCAUCUGCAGCCAAAACAACAACAAUAGCUGAAGGAAUUAAUUCUGAAGUUUAAAGAUUCAUUUCCCGAUGUUCCCAAGCAAACAACGGUCGCAGCACAUGAUGUAGAUGUUGGUCAAGCCAAACUGAUUAAACAACACCCACUUCACAUGAACAUGGAAAGGUGUAAAUUGGCUGACCAGGGUAUUGAGUAUAUGCUGGAGAAUGGUAUUAUUACGCCUUCAAAAUGAGAUUGGAGUCACCCUGCGUUAUUGUGCCCAAACCUGAUGGUAGUGUUAGAUUUUGCACUGAUUAUAGAAAGGUAAAUGCAGUAGCAAAAACAGAUGCUUAUCCUAUCUCUAGAGUGGAUGAUUGCAUCGAUAAGGCUGGAAAGGCUAAUUUCUUACAAAGAUUGAUCUGUUGAAAGGGUAUUGGUGUGUUCCAUUGACGGACAGAGGUAGAGAAAUCUCUGCGUUUGCGACACCAUCUGGGUUGUAUGAAUACAAUGUUUUGCCUUGUGGAAGGAAAAAUACUCCAUGAACAUCCCAGAGAAUGAUUUGUUUUGUAAUUCGAGGGUUAGAACACUCAGAUACCUAUAUUGAUGACUUUAGUUACAGGGAGUGGCACUUGGGAAGAGCAUAUCUCUGCAGUAGAAAAGCUGUUUGACAGGCUUUCCUAGGACAACCUUACAGUGAAUUUGGCCAUGCCAGUGUGACCUGUCUUGGCUAUGUUGUCGGUCAAAGCAAGUUGGCUCCUGUUCGGGCAAAGGUCCAGGCAAUUUCUCAAGCUCCUAUUCUGACUGCUAAGAAGGCUCUUAGAAGGUUUCUGGGAAUGGAUGGAUGUUAUCGUAAGUUCUGUAAGAACUUUGCUGCUAUCGCUCUUCCUCUGACCAAUCUCCUGAAGAAGUGUGAAAAGUUUGUUUGGACCGAGACUUGUCAGAAGGCAUUUGAUUGAUUGUUAUCAGUAUUUGAGAUUAGGCCAAUCAAUGUAGUGCUGUCAGCAAAUUUGCUUAGCGGAUUGGAGCCGUGGGUGUCAACACAAGUCAUGGGUGCACAGAGAGUAAAGGAGGGGGCCAAAGAGACAACCCUGAGGGGUAUGUGUGCUGAGGGUCAGAGAAACAGAGGAGAUGGAGCCCACUCUUACAACCUGCUGGCGAUCUGACAGGAAGUCCAGGAUCCAGCUACACAAGGCAGGGUGAAGGCUGAGGUCUCUGAUGCACCAUCAAUGACUCACACUGAGACGUAAGGCGAGAUAUCGGCUUUUAUUGACUGGAAGAAGGAACCAGGAGUGAGUGUCCAUCAUACUAUGUCCUGGAGACUGAGGCCGAGCGUCAGGCCUCAGAUCGCCUUUAUACAGGGGCCUGUGAGAGGAGCCACAGGAGCAGUCAGCAGGGGGCGUGUCCAGACAGGCACAUAGUUCACCACAGUCUCUGAGCUCCAUGUCGAUACAUCACGACUUUCAUGUGGCUACUUCUCUGCCCAUGACUGCAAGGAACUGCAGAGAACUUUGGUGAGCAGAGAACAUCAGAGAAACAAGCCUCCACUCCAUGGACUCUUCCCACACUUGUCCUCCCUCGGAAAAUCAGGCUAUGUACUCAAAUAACCUCAUAACCUGGACAGUCUUGCUGCAAGCCCGCUCCCCCAUCGGGGAAGAAAUGCAACAGCCAUAAAGUGCGUAACACAGGCUGAAGGAUGGCUUCCUGUCUGCAGUUAUAAGACAAAUGAAUCAUAAAAUAGACUCGACCUCACAAUGUAACUCGACGUGACCCUGCACCAUAUGUCUAUUUGCACUGCACUUUCUCUGCAGCCACAAUGCUUUGUUGCAGUGAUUAUUUUGUUGUACAUCAGCUCAAUGUACAGUUGUAUCUAUCUGUGUGGAUAGUACAUCAGGCAAGAUUCUCACUGUCGCACAGUACAUGAUGAUAAUAAACCAAUUCCCCAUUUUAAUUGUGUGGAAAUAUUAGACAGUCUGAGCUUCUGCUCUGGAACCGCAGAAGGAAACUGAACUGUUAUCGUUUCUGUGGAAAGCAAGUAUAUGGAAAAGGCUUCAAUCUCACAUUACGAUCUGCGGUAACUGCGAUCAGGUGACCGGUGGUGGGUCUCCCAUAUCAAUAUCUGAAUCAGGUUUAAUAGCACCGGCAUAUGACAUGAAAUUUGUUGUACCUGUAAUAAACUAUUUUAAUUGCGUAAAUGCAAUAAACUUUUAAUUGUGUGGAACUAUUUGACUGAUUGGGUUGUUGCUUUGGAAAUUCUGAAGUGAAGCUGAACUAAACUUUACACAUUUAUAAGAAGCUCAGAGAAAUAGAAAAGGCUAAACUCUCACAUAAACGGGCCAGACACCAGAAACAUCGGCUGCACUUCAGCACCUCAAAACAGUGAAUAAAACAUAUAGAAGCUAUUGAAGAGAAAAAAACAUUGUCCACCCACAACGAGAGGACCUGACAGAUCCGGAUCUCACUGACUUGUCUGAACGGGUGAAAGGUGAUGCGACACGUACACGUAGAGCAGUGACCCGCAGAUGCUGCAGAUCUGCAGAAAAACAUAAACGGGAAACGGGAUCAGGUGACGGGUGGAGGGUGUCCUCCUGAACCGGUGACUCUGCUCCUCGCCCCUCACACGCUGCCCGACCCAUCCACCACAUUCCCCACGUUAUGCCAUAUUUACCCCAGAUACAUGUUUAUUUUUCCACACCAUAUCUUUAAAUACGUGGAUGGAAAUUACAAUGGACAUUUACAAAAUGGAGAAGAUAACAGCUUCUGAUAAUCAUAAACUGGAACAAUUAGAUUCAUACUGGGAAAAAUGGUUUAACUACAUAAUGUCUCAUAGGCCUGAUUUGAUUCUUACAAAUUGAUGAAUAUGUUGUAAAAAAACAAAUUCACUCCCUACUUUUACAUAGUUCUUACAUUUUGCUUGUUUUUUCUUUCCACUUUUUCUAUGUGUAUACCUCAGAUAAAUAUUUC